GCCGUCUCUGCCAUCUACUUCACGGUGUCCACAGUCGCGACCGUGGGCCCCGGCGACCUGGUGCCUGCGACGUCCGUCGGCCGCAUCUGCACCACCAUGAUCAUCUUCGGGGGUCUGUGCAUGGUCGCGCUGGCCCUGCACCGCGUGGAGAUGGUGUUCCAGAACUCCGUGAAGGGGCUGGGCUCGUACAGGUUCCGCCGCAAACGCCGGCACGUGGUGGUGACGGGCAACCCUGACUCUCAGAUGGCGCUCGACCUCAUCUCUGAGAUAUACCACGAGGACGGCAUCUCUGCCCAGAAAGCGACGACCUGGACGUGGUUUUUCUGUUGCCGAUACCCGCCGCCAACGAGGUCAACAUGA